AGUGUAGUGGUAAUCCUGCUCUAUUGAUGUGUUGAUCGUUGAUGGAAAACAACGUGUUGAUAUUUAAGGUUAACUUUAAAAGUGUUUCUAAAAAUAAUUUGAUAUAAUUUUUUAAAUUGAAUAUGGUGGGCACAGAAAUAUCUUCCACUAAUUGUGAUAGCAAUGUAAUAAGUGAUGAAUCUUUUUCCGAAUCGGAUGAAGAAGUUUCUACCAACAACAUUCCUAAAGGAAAACCAAAGUCUGGAAAGUUUUGGAAAUCUCAAAAAACAAGAGCUGCUUCAAUUAUAAAAACAAGAGGGCUUCAAUCAUCUUUGGAGAAAAAAAUGAAACUGCGUAAAGAUUUGCGGCAUACAAAGUUGAUGAGUCGUGAAAUUCUAGAAGAGGCAAAGAAGAAAAAAGAAGAAUUAAAAAUUAAAAGAAGAGAAAACAUUAAGAAAAUGGAAGAAAAUCAAAGGAAAGCAGAAAUUGUGCAAGUGAUCAAGAAUCCACAGAAAAUUAAGAAAAUGAAGAAGAAGCAACUGAGAAGUAUAGAAAAACGAGAUACACUACAAAUUGGUGGAAAAUAAUAAUCGUGAAUGUGAGGAAUUCUAUGAAGUGCUAUCAACAGAACUAUGAUAUUAUGAACAAGCUGGUUGAGUAUUUGUAAUAACUACUGUAUGUAAGUUCAAUCUAUUGUAAAUAGACUAUCAAUGAUCUUGACUCACUAAUUAUAUUUUUAAUAAAACCAUUUUAUGAAACAA